UUACGUCGCUUCCUGUGCGUUGUCACCAAGGAAACAAGCACCGCUCUGAUUGGCAGGGAUUGGCAGUUGAAGAGAAUGACUUCUGCACCCUCUGAUCCGAACUUUCAAACACCUCAGAAAAAGGAAUUACAAUUGACAAAGCAAGAUAGAGCUGCAAGAAUCAUUCAGAGGGCCUGGAGAACUUUCCUUAAUGUUUCCAUAUUCCAGCACUUUAAAAGUCUGAUUGACUUAAGAAAACAAGGGGAGCCACAUCAGAUAGUGAGAUAUAUUAAUCCUAAAGAGGCAGAACUUCUAGAUGCUGCUGCUGGUAUUCAUGUACGCUUCAGAUUAGGGGGAGUGAAGUUUCCACCCGAUAUAUACUACAAAAUUUUUACUCACAGACAUAUUGAAGAUUUGUGUGCUAACAGCCCUAGAGAUUAUACAAAGCUCCCAGUGAAACAUACGUCUCAUAAUAAAAAUGAUCAUCCUCAGGAAGAGGAUCGCAGUGGCUGGUAUCGUCGAAUAGAAAACAAUGGCUGGAGGCCUGUUUCUGAUCGGUUUUGGAUGCCAACUGGCAGUGAAGUGGUGGGAGAGAAAAAGGAAAGUGAAUUCCAUUUCUCUAAACUGAAGAGAAGGCAAGAUUUGGAAAGAAAAAGAAAAAUUAGAAAAAUAGAAUGGAUGAGGCAAAUGUACUAUGCAGGAAGCCUGCAGGCUAAGUCAACUCAUUGUGAAACUGUAGAUUUAAUUCAUACAGCAACAAAAGGGCUCAUAAGAACCAUGGAAGAUGGUGGAGUAGAUUCUGUGAUGGAAUGGGAAGUGGAUGAGGUGCUGAACUGGACAAAUAGCCUCAACUUUGAUGAGUAUAUUGCCAACUGGAAGCAAAUUGCUACAAGCAACUCUUCAGUUAACUUCAAAGGUUUUCGUUUUGAGCAAGCAAAGAAAAAAUAUGACUACCAAGAUACAACAGAGGCACAAAUGGGAUCACCAUAUGGUAUUUUAUAUGAAAAUGUUUACAAAGAGCCAGACUCUGCUAGAUUAACACCCAGCUCCACUUAUGGAAUAUAAACAUAAUGUACUUUUAUUUUUUGAGCUCUGGCCCUUCAAGCCCUGUAUUCAUCAGAUGGAACUAAGAGAGCUCAGUCUGACUAGAACAACCUGUGUAUGUAUUCUUGUUGCAGCAUCCAGCCCAGUUAAAUCAGGAAGAUAGAACAGAAAUAGAGUGAUAGCCCAAAUACAGUGGUCAUAGAAAAUAGAGAAAUUAUUCUUGGUAUU